UAUAAAGAGUUCACAUGUAUUUGAAUUUACGACAUAUUGUAAUGUAAGUUUGUCAAAUGAUUUUACCAAAGACGUUAAGAAAAAGUCCACUUCUUAAGACAGUAUAAGGAAUUCACAUUAACCAUAUGUUCUUUCUUGUGCCACAUUGCGAGGAUCAACCAAUAAGUCGACCAACGUUGGAAUGGACAAUGUCAAGACCAGCGAUGCGUCAUCAUUCAACAUGACGGUACGACGCCAGAUGUGACGACGAUGGUACAAGCGAUGGCAAUGAUCUCAGGAACGAAAACAAGAUCGGCCACGAGAGGUGUCACGACAUCAGGACAAUGCUGUUGAUUGUAGAAUCGUCAUCAAGGGACAGUCAACGACUCGACGUAAUUUCGUUACAUGAGCCCAUAUUAAGUAAUAUCUAACACUUACUUCGUGCGUUAAUUAAUUUAUUACAUUUUUUACUACACUGCGAUUAAAGUUCAAUUUCAGUUUUUGUUAUUUGUCGCAUUGAAUAUAUCUUUCCAAACGCAAUUAUAUUAUAUUUAUGUUUCAUCUUAUUCAUUUGAAAAUCAACGCUAACAUCGCAUCAAGCGAACGUCCACCUCUACCUUUUCUAUCCUCAAUAGAUCACUUGUUGACGAUAUCACCAACGACAACAGCAACGAACGACAUCAUCAGAAGACGACAUCAACGAACGACGCUAUCAACUACAAGCGACGACGUCUCCAUGGUCAUAACCCUUAAACUUAUUGGAUCCCAACGACGACGUGUCUCUUCUAAGCGCGACCACUACACACGACGCAGGUUUACUGUUGCAUCAAUCCUACUUACACAACUCGGAAUCUCUGUAGGAGAUGAUGGUCAUCUUUACGGGCACGAUUAUUUUCAUGGACAUGAAUUGAUUAUUCAAGUUUCACUACUGUUAGGUAUUAUUUUAAUAAUUGUUCUUAUAUUUCUUAUUAGACGCUUUUUCAAGAAAAGGCAACAACAUAGCACACCACCCAGUAUCCAACUCCCUAAUGUUCCCCCGUCCCAAGUGCCUGAAACUUCUACUAACCUCUCUAAUACUCUUCCGGAAACCUAUGUAUUACGUAGAUUACCCGAAGAGAUUUACAGAAGUUUUCAGGUAGAUACGUAUUCAACUGAACGUUGUAAUGACUUCAGUCAUAUAGAUUGUAUGAUAUGUAAUUUUGCUUUUGUUGAUGGAGAGGACCUAUGUAUACUUCCUGUUUGCCGCCAUGUUGAUGGAGAGGACCUAUGUAUACUUCCUGUUUGCCGCCAUAGUUCAUGGUUUUUAAGCCAUGAUUGUCGUUGUACAGUCUGCCGUCAUGAUUAUUUUGACGGUUUUAAUAAUGAUCAAUUAGUAAUGUAAAAAACUAUGUAUGUUGCAUUGUACAUGUAUAGAUAAGUUUUAUCUUUUAAUUAUAUAUUUUAAUAUACUAAUUAUUGA